UCCUUAUCUCGCUCGUAUUGUAUACCAUCUAGUCCAGAAGAGACCAGACGUUCUCAUCAUCAUGAGCCAGUGUAGACCAUCUACUCACCACCAGUCGUUCACGCAGCUGGAGGGCUUGUGUCUUUCCCACCUCGUCCGGGCACGCAUGCAACCGCGAAAUACAUUGCUGAGUUCAUCGACAUCUACCCAAAACACACUCGUAAAUUGUCGCAUCUUGUCCUCCAGUUCAUGUUGUUUCUCCCUAAUCCACCAGCGUUUGGCCUUCAAAUGUCAAGUCAAGCGGACACGCCUCUCGCGAGUGACUGAAGAGUACACGUGCAAGGUAUGCACUGGCUGCGGGACGAUAAAAGACACACUGUCUCUGGCCAACCGCACAUUCCGCUGUGCCUUGUGCAACCUGUUUGUCGACCGCUAUGUCAACGGUGCGCGCAACAUCCUCAUCAAAUGUCUUGUCGCUUCUCAGUAAGACAUACACAAGGAGUGCGUUCUCCUCUAAAGAAAUCACUACCUUUUUGCCGUCUCCCGGACUUUCUAAGAGGGCACAAAAUGGCACAUGUUUAUGAACAGUCCAGCUUCUCAUAGGAUAUCAACUAGGAGCAUACGUAUAUCAACGCAUCUGCAUUUAUCCCGCUUGUGCACUCGCAU